AUGGCCUAUUUCAAUAUGGACAUGUCCGUGCUGACAGAGCUGUGGAGGUUAACAGACCCGACAGAGCCCCGGUUCUGCGUGGCUGUCAUUGCCAUCAUCUUCAAUCCGUUCUUCUGGAAUGUGAUGAAGUUGUCAAAUCUUUGUGUAGCCGUGACCCAGAAAACAGACAUUACGGUCUCCUCCGUAACACUGACCUUUCCUUCUCUUCUUCUUCUACCUUCUAAAAAUCAUUUCAUCCUUGGCCAAAAGCUCUUACUGGGGUGGGACCCUUUCAACAGGGUCAUCCUCGCUGGAGAACGCACACAUGUAUACGCAGGAGCAGCUCUCAUGGCGCUGGGAUCAGUGUUUGUGAUCAGCAGCUUCAUGGCUCUUGGAGUUACUGGCACUUUUCUCGUUUCUAAAAUCGAUCCAGUCCAGCGUAGUCUAUGCCUGUGUGCUCAUGCGUCAGAUGCCCCAGGCAUGAAAGAGACCGGCUGCCAGCCAUGUGAAGAACCACGUAGGCACUACGCCAACACACGGCACACUCUUAAACCACCUCUCAUGCUGUUCCUCCUUCAUCCUCUCCUCUUUUCCAUCUACUCUUUGUCCAUUCACUGGAAUGCCAGUCCUAUCGGAGUGAUCCUGACCGCAGUGGUCGACUUGUCCUAUAAAGUAGCUAUUGCAUUUGAAGGACCGUUCACGGAGGAGAUCUAUCGGCAGAGGAGCCAGCGCUGCAAGCACAAAUAAAGAUGGACUCGUUUUCAGAUUCCUGAUCCAC